GCAGGGCCAGACCAGACCCGGGCAGCGAGGCGCGCAGCACACCAGCUAAGGCGCGCGGCUGCGGCUCCUCCCCUCGCUCGGAUGUGGCCGGGGGGCGGGGGGUGGUAGAGGGGGGUGGCGGCUGCCGCCCGGGGAGGGCCGGGAGUCUUUUCCACGUUUGCAAACGCCGCGGCGCGCCCAGCCCGGACCCGCGCUGCCGGAGCUCCGCACUCCCUCGCCGGCUCCACGCUGCGCCCCGCGCCCGCCCCUCGCCACCCCUGAUGGCAUUCAGAGCCCGGGGCUGGAGGCCUCCGCCGCCGCCGCUCCUGCUGCUCCUGCUCUGGGUGACCGGGCAGGCGGCGCCCGUGGCGGGCCUGGGCCUCGACACGGAGCUGCAGAUCGAGCGGCGCUUCGUGCCGGACGAGUGCCCGCGCACCGUGCGCAGUGGCGACUUCGUGCGCUACCACUACGUGGGGACAUUCCCCGACGGCCAGAAGUUCGACUCCAGCUAUGACAGAGACUCUACUUUCAACGUGUUUGUGGGAAAAGGACAACUGAUUGCAGGGAUGGACCAAGCUCUGGUUGGGAUGUGUGUAAAUGAGAGGCGCUUUGUGAAGAUCCCCCCAAAGCUUGCCUAUGGAAGUGAAGGAGUUUCUGGUGUGAUCCCCCCAGAUUCAGUUCUUCAUUUUGAUGUACUUCUAAUGGAUAUUUGGAAUUCUGAAGAUCAAGUUCAGAUUCACACUUACUUCACACCCCCCAGUUGCCCUCGGACCAUCCAGGUGUCUGAUUUUGUAAGGUACCACUACAAUGGAACGUUCUUGGAUGGGACACUGUUUGAUUCAAGUCAUAAUCGCAUGAAAACAUAUGACACAUAUGUGGGCAUCGGCUGGUUGAUUCCUGGAAUGGAUAAAGGGCUGUUGGGGAUGUGUGUGGGGGAAAAGCGCAUCAUCACCAUACCUCCUUUCCUGGCCUAUGGAGAAGAUGGAGAUGGGAAAGACAUUCCUGGACAGGCAUCUCUGGUGUUUGACGUUGCGUUGUUGGACCUCCAUAACCCCAAGGAUGGCAUUUCCAUUGAAAACAAGGUAGUGCCUGAAAACUGUGAGCGGCGAAGUCAAAGUGGGGACUUUCUCAGGUAUCAUUACAAUGGCACGCUUCUGGAUGGCACCUUCUUUGAUUCCAGCUACUCGCGGAACCGCACUUUUGACACAUACAUUGGGCAGGGCUACGUGAUUGCUGGCAUGGAUGAAGGUUUACUUGGUGUUUGCAUCGGAGAGAAGCGGAGGAUUGUGGUUCCCCCUCACCUCGGCUAUGGAGAGGAAGGAAGAGGGAAUAUCCCUGGCUCGGCUGUGCUGGUGUUUGACAUCCAUGUGAUUGACUUCCACAACCCUUCAGACUCCAUCAGCAUCACCUCCCACUACAAGCCCCCGGACUGCUCAGUGCUGAGUAAGAAGGGGGAUUACCUCAAGUAUCACUACAAUGCCUCCCUUCUGGAUGGGACUCUGCUGGAUUCCACGUGGAAUUUAGGCAAAACGUAUAAUAUUGUUUUGGGAUCUGGACAAGUUGUGUUGGGAAUGGAUAUGGGUCUCCGAGAGAUGUGUGUUGGAGAGAAACGGACAGUGAUCAUCCCACCCCACCUGGGCUAUGGGGAGGCUGGCGUGGAUGGGGAAGUACCCGGCAGUGCCGUCUUGGUGUUUGACAUUGAGCUGCUGGAGCUCGUGGCGGGUCUGCCUGAAGGGUACAUGUUCAUAUGGAAUGGCGAGGUGUCACCCAACCUGUUCGAAGAAAUCGACAAGGAUGGUGAUGGAGAAGUCCUCCUCGAAGAGUUCUCAGAAUACAUUCAUGCCCAGGUGGCAUCUGGCAAAGGGAGACUCGCUCCUGGUUUUGAUGCUGAGAUGAUUGUGAAGAAUAUGUUCACCAACCAGGACCGGAAUGGAGAUGGGAAGGUCACGGCAGAGGAAUUCAAACUCAAAGACCAGGAGGCUAAACAUGAUGAACUCUAAACCUGCCUUGGGCCACCUGCGUGAUACCAAGCCCCCGGUCAUGGCUGAAAGUGAAGCAAAGGCCCGCGGGUCUCUCAGAAGGUGAAUCAUCCACAAGUAGUAGAUGGUCACAUAGUAUGUGGGGCAUAUGUCAGGGAUGGGUCGAUACACAUGGUGAGAAUUUUAGGCCAAAUGCCAGUGAUAUGAAAAUCAGUGUCAGGUGCCUUAGCAGGGGCUGUGUAGAAUAUUGAAGAGGCUGCACUGUCAACCAUUGUUUUGUGAGCCUUCUGUGUAGUUUUGUUAUUAAAGGAAAAUAGUGUCAUACAGAAGUCAUAACCAUUUUGGAGGGAACAGAAGAAAAAGCGUCCAGGAGAUCUACAUAGAGCAUUAAAAAAAUUUUUUUUAACUUGCUGGUGUUUUAAAAGUGUUCUCCAGAUGAGCAGAAAAGACAAACGGCAUGCCCCAGCAGUAUUUCCCCAAAAGCCCCAGGAAACCUUUGUCAGUGGCCCAUACAGGCUCUGGUAAUACCCAGCUUCCACUUUCCUGCUACACACACACACACACACACACACAUGCACAUGCACACACACAUACUUGCACAUGUGUGCUUUGAUAGUUAAUCAUGCUCUACCUGUUGUGGUCUUCCAAUUGGCUGGGUGACUUGGAAGUUAAGAAGAAAAUCAGUGGACCAAACAAGAGGCAUCUUGGACUAUGAGUAGAGAAUUUGAUUCUAUGUUUGCCACAUAAGAUUAUCUGCUUCACCCUUUCUUAUUCCCAUUGCUCUAUCCUCCCUGAAUCUUUUGAUCAGAUAGAUUUGUAUAGGGCUUAUGGCUAAUCCAUGCUCCAGAGUAUGUGACCAAGAUAGGAAGUAUCAUCUCAACAGAUGAGCAUACACAAGGUGACAUAUUUCUGCUCAUUUGUGUCCUGGAGAGGGAGAUGCCCUAAAGCCCAUGGGCCUCUCUCUGUAUAGAAAAACAAGGACACUGUUACCUGCCCCCAUGUUAUGCAGUAACCAACAACCUUGCUGCCUUAUGUCCUCUGUUCCCAAGUGGUGGUGGCGUCCACCCUGAAGUAAUCAGUAAUUUUCCUUUUGAAACUGCUUUAUUUUUACUAAUUUAAACUGUUUUGUACUGAUGUAGCCCUGAGAUAGUUCAUGAAAAUGCUGUGCACUCCUUCAAUGGAAUAAAUGUUGGAAAACUGAACUUUUCAUAUAUAAAAAAAUUGAAUGAUAA